AUGAAAGUUCUGCUGGCAGCAACAUGUUUACUCAUGAGUUCAGGCUUUGCCACUGCUCAAUCUUCGGUUCCUGGUAGUGGGACUCCCACAUCCACAAAGAGGGUGAUCGCCUGUGAAAGCCCCGACUAUGUACAACACCUGAGCUGUGAGACAGGAGUGAUCAUUGUGCAGUCAGCUCUGUACGGACGGGCCGAUGCAGAGACCUGCAGUGAGGGCAGACCUGCAGAUCAGCUUGGAAAUACAGACUGUUCUCAGAAAGGCACUCUGGACGUCAUCAAGAAACGCUGUGAUGGCAAGAAGGUGUGUGAAAUAAACACAAACGUCGUCCAUACUUCUGAUCCGUGCUACGGCAUCUACAAAUACCUGGACACCACCUACGCCUGCUUCCCAGCGAGUCACAGUGUAGCAUGUGAGGGUUCAAUAGCAAACCUUCAAUGCGAUGAAGGACAGGUUUUACUCAUCCAUGCAGCUGAUUACGGGCGCCACGAUACGACCACGUGCUCUUUCGGCCGUCCAGCCUCUCAGAUCCAAAAUAUCAUCUGCUCAAAGACCACGAGCCAAGUAGCUGACAGCUGUAACGGGAAAAGCAGCUGUGCUGUCAAAGCAAGCAACUCAGUGUUUGGAGACCCCUGUGUGGGCACCUACAAGUACCUGGAGGUGGUGUACAGCUGUCAGCCGAGAGAUAUAUAUUGUGAGGGUUCAAUAGCAAACCUUCGAUGCGAUGAAGGACAGGUUUUACUCAUCCAUGCAGCUGAUUACGGGCGCCACGAUACGACCACGUGCUCUUUCGGCCGUCCAGCCUCUCAGAUCCAAAAUAUCAGCUGCUCAAAGUCCUUGAGCCAAGUAGCUGACAGCUGUAACGGGAAAAGCAGCUGUGCUGUCAAAGCAAGCAACUCAAUGUUUGGAGACCCCUGUGUGGGCACCUACAAGUACCUGGAGGUGGUGUACAGCUGUAACUUUCCUCUUGCAGGUCACUGAAUGGAGGAAACCGCUGAAGUCCAAAAAGCAUCACUGUGUAUGUUCUUCGAAUUAAAUGUCUAAUGAAUCAGUAACCAACAAAUCAAGAGUACACAAAAUCAAAUGCCUCAUGUGGUCAUAAAUAUGCGGACACGUAGUGAAUUUAGAUCCAUGUAAGAGUCCAAACCAGCUGCGGUCUGUGGUGUCCAUAUACAUUUGAUCAUAUAGUUUAAGAUACUCAUUG